AUGGCGUCAGCGCAACGAAAACUGCAAAAAGUGAUGGUUCAACCGGUCAACCUCAUCUUCAGAUAUCUUCAACAACGCACACGUGUUCAAAUUUGGUUGUACGAGGAUGUGACACACCGAAUCGAGGGUUAUAUUAUUGGUAUGCGAGGGUUUUGAGAAAUAUGGGAAAAAUCGAAUGAAAAACUGGACUUUCUCGAUUUUCACGUGACCUAAGUGAUGUGGCAAUUGAAAAGCCAUUUUUCACAAGAAAAUCAUGGGUUUAUUCUCCAAAAAGACAGGAUUCGAAUAAAAAUUAUUAGUUUUAUCAGAAUUUUUGAGAAAAGUUGAAAAAAGACUCAAAAAAUCUCAUGUUUUUUUCAGAAGAUUAAUUUUCCUUGAAUAAUUAAUAAUUCUAAGCAAUCAUUAUUCCAUUAAAAACUAAAUUUAUUGCAGGUUUCGACGAAUUCAUGAACAUCGUGUUCGACGAAGCCGAAGAGGUCAACAUGAAAUCCAAAGCUCGCAACAAAAUCGGCCGAAUCCUGCUGAAAGGCGAAAAUGUCACAUUGAUUCACGCGGUUCAACAAGAAGCCUAA